GGCUCUCGGCCAGGCAGGCUCCGCCCCCGCCCCUAUUCAGAGCGCCUGGAUCCAUCCGACAGCUGCGGGUGCGUGGUCGUCCCGCAAGUCAGCGAUCUGGUGAGCAGAGGCCCCCUUGUGUAGCCAUGGAUUGUUAUAAAACUUCACCAAGCAAUUCAUGGAUUUACCCCACUGUGAUCCUCUGCGUAUUUGGUUUUUUCUCCAUGAUGAGACCCUCAGAACCAUUUCUUAUCCCAUAUUUAUCUGGACCAGAUAAAAACCUGACCAGUGCAGAGGUAAGCAUUAGCUUCAUCAUUACCUGGCUGCUGCUCUUGUUUGGCCAAGGAGUGAAGACCAUGCAGGUUGUAGAGUUCUUCUACGGGAUGGUCACCGCCACCGAGGUGGCCUACUAUGCCUACAUAUACAGCGUGGUCAGCCCUGAGCACUAUCAGAGAGUGAGCAGCUACUGCAGGAGCAUCACGCUGGUCGCCUACACAGCAGGGUCCGUGCUGGCCCAACUCUUGGUAUCCCUGGCGAACCUGUCGUACUUUUACCUCAAUGUCAUAUCCUUGGUCUCUGUCUCCGUAGCCUUCAUUUGCUCACUUUUCCUACCAAUGCCCAAGAAGAGCAUGUUUUUUCAUGCAAAACCCAGCAAAGAAAUAAAGAAGUCAUCAAGCAUGAGUGUGGUGUUAGAGGAAACUCGUGAAGGUGAAGCACCAGGCUGUGAAGAGCAGAAACCCGCAUCAGAAACACCCAGCACCUCAGAGAAGCUGAAAGACUGCCAGCCAAACAACCUGAAACCAAGCAAUGUGACUUUGGAAGUUUUUGUGCAGUCGUUCCAAGAUUUGAAGGAGUGCUACUCCUCAAAACGUCUUUUGUAUUGGUCUCUGUGGUGGGCUUUCGCUACAGCAGGUUUUAACCAGGUUGUGAACUAUGUUCAAAUCCUGUGGGAUUACAAGGCACCAUCCCAAGUUUCUUCCAUUUAUAAUGGGGCAGUAGAAGCUAUUGCAACCUUUGGAGGGGCUGUGGCUGCCUUUGCAGUGGGUUUUGUGAAAGUCAACUGGGACCUUCUGGGAGAGCUGGCUCUGGCGGUCUUCUCAGUUGUCAAUGCCGGUUCUCUAUUGCUCAUGCAUUACACAGCCAACAUCUGGGCAUGCUAUGCUGGCUAUCUGAUAUUCAAGUCAAGCUAUAUGCUUCUUAUAACCAUAGCAGUAUUUCAGAUUGCAGUUAAUCUGAGUGUGGAACGCUAUGCCCUGGUAUUUGGAAUCAAUACCUUUAUUGCCUUGGUGAUUCAGACCAUCAUGACUGUGAUUGUAGCAGAUCAGAGAGGGCUUAACUUGCCAAUCAGCAUUCAGUUUUUAGUUUAUGGGAGCUAUUUUGCAGUAAUUGCUGGAAUUUUCUUAAUGAGAAGCCUGUAUAUUAUCUACUCAACCAAAUGCCAGAAGGAUCUACAGAGCCUGGCUCCAAAUGAGAAACCAGACGGGUCACAUCCAGAGGAAGAGAGUAAUAUCAUCAUGUCAAUAAAACUCUAACCUCAUUGCAUCAACUGCAGCAGUAGCUUUCAAAGUUAUGCAAUAAUAAGGAAGGAUUUGAGAUGGGUGGCAUAUGUUUUGCCAUAACCUGACAUGCUUUGCAAAUCUGGAUCCCAAUGGACCUUUCAAAACCGCAACAAAACUUCAGUUUUAGAUGAGUUCUCCAUGUGCCCAAUUUUACUGGAUGCCAUUGACAGGACCCAUCAUCACAAUUAAACAACCCAUAUUGGGGACCUCCUGUGACUAGUAGCAACUGGAAAAUUCUGGGUUUUAUCACUUGUAAGGACAUGCAGAUGGCAUAGAACAAAACCACGAGAAAACUCCAGCCAUCCUAGAGGUAAUAUUCAUCAUUUGUGAGGAGAAAUACUAGCGGGACAGAUCCUCUUGCUUGGCUUAAAUACUUGUUUGAUUUUACCAAAGAAGUCAACACCUGGGACAUUUUUGUCACACAAGCCAUUUUCUUUCCUCUUCUAAUAAGUAUAUUUCUGUUUAAGUUAUAGUUCUCUAAGAGAAUUACAAGGUUUGUCCCACUUCUAAGAGCUUCUCUUCAACUCUGAUAACCGCAUUAUUCACAAGUUAUACUUUGAUAGUGUUAUUAUUAAAUUUUUUAAUGAUUAUUUUU